GGCGCCGCCCCUCGCCUCCAGCGGCCACUGCUGGGGGGUCGGCGCCCCGCGGGGCUCGGCCGCCACGUGACUCUCCCGAGGGGCCGGGACCCCAGGGCGGGGCGAGCGGGGCGGGGCUGCAGGUGGCGGCGGGCGGGCGGCUGGGCCGGCGGGGGCGGCGGGAGGGAGCCGGGCAUGUCGCAGGGGCCCCCGGCGGCCGGCAGCGUCCUGCAGCGGGGCGCGGCGCACGGGAGCCAGCCGCAGAGCCCCGAGGACGAUGACCGGAAGGUCCGGAGGAGGGAGAAGAACCGUGUGGCGGCCCAGCGGAGCCGGAAGAAGCAGACCCAGAAAGCAGACAAGCUUCACGAGGAGCACGAGUGUCUGGAGCAGGAGAACGCGGCCCUGCGCAGAGAGAUCGCCAAGCUGACGGAGGAGCUGCGGCACCUGGGCGAGGCGCUAAAGGAGCAUGAGAAGAUGUGCCCGCUGCUGCUAUGCCCCCUGAGCCUGGUGCCCGCACCCCGGCCCGACCCCGCGACCGGCUGCCUGCCCCGUUGAGGACCCCGCCCGCCAGCUGAGGCCUCCUGUCCGCUGUGGCCGGCAGGCUGGCCUGUGGACAGUCCCCUGCAGCAGCUGGCUGUCGAUCUGUCCGUCUGUCCGCUGGUGCGGAGCUGUCCCUCUGGAACCUGGUAAUAAAGAUGCCGCCACCUCCCCGUGA